AUGCCUUUGGACGUGCUAGUGUAUCAGGGACCCGGAGUAUCCGAAACCUCCUUGUACCAUACUUUGACAACGCUCGACACUCUCCUGAGACCAAAUUAUACCGUUAGAGCUGUUGAUGCUAAGCUUCUAGAAACAGAACCUUGGGGCCCUAGUUGCGCACUACUAGCCAUACCUGGUGGGCGUGAUCUACCGUACGUUGAGCAUCUUGCCAAAGCUAUCCCCAAAAUCAAAGAGUUCGUGGAAAACGGAGGUGCCUAUCUUGGUAUCUGUGCUGGCGCAUACUUUGGCUCCGCCCGUGUAGAGUGGGAACUAGGCACUCCACUUCAAGUCGUGGGUGAGAGGCCACUCAAAUUCUUCCCUGGGACAUCCCGGGGCUGCGCCUAUCCAGGUUUCGAAUACCAGAGCGAGGCGGGCGCCCAGUUACUUGAUAUCACAGCAACUGUACACGGCGAAGAAUCUGAACAAACCUUUGAAGGCAUCUAUUACAACGGCGGGGGCGUUUUCGAAGACGCGGAUACACCACAGAUGCGUGCACUUGGCGUCCUCGUUACCGCUCGGUAUCCCAAUGGCAAACCAGCAGCUGUCACUUGUGCAGUGGGAAGGGGCGCCGCUUCUCUUUGGGGGCUACACCCCGAGUACGCUAUACCCAAAGAACCGUAUCGAAGUGCCCUGGAGAAUAGUUCCCAGAAAGAUCUUGACAACAUCGCAGUCCGGGAAUCGAGGCGGCUGGAACUUAUGCGCGGCGUUCUCGCUGGGCUGGGACUUACCGUCCCGGGUGGGUCCGCGAGUACCAAGUUAUCCGAUGCGCCACUCCCACAACUACUAUGUGCCUCACCUGACCGCCCAGGAGUCGUGGGAUCCAUCGUUUCUGCAUUCAACCAGUAUUUCAAAUCCGGGAACGAUAGUGCCAAGGAGUUUGAAGAUUCCCAGGAUAAGUUUAGGUUUUUCAGCAGUCAUAGCGAUAGAACCGCUAUUGCUAGGAAGGAGGUCGAGUCCAAGACAGAGGAACAAAAGAAGAGGAGUCCAAAAAGUCCCCUGUUCGAGACAUUGUCGUCGCUUUACUUCAAAGCACUCCACGGUGCUCGCGGAAACUCUCCUUUUAUCAAGCAAACUAACUGGGGCGUGGGGGAAGUUUUAUUAUACGGGGAGGUGGUGACCAGCACCCAAACUCUGUUUGAUAAAAAUAUCAACCUCCUGACGACUUUACCCCAUCCGGUACUCUCUCUUGCCACAAUCCAAACAGCAGGGCGAGGGCGUGGUAGCAAUGUGUGGCUUUCGCCGCUUGGGUGCCUCCAAUAUUCGCUGCUUAUACGUCCAUCCCGGGAUAUUCCAUACAAUCGUACCGUGUUCAUCCAAUACCUCUUCGGGCUAGCUAUUACGGAAGCAUGUCGCAAAGUGAUGCCAGGGCCCGAGGGCGAGAGGGUACGACUCAAAUGGCCAAAUGAUAUAUACGUCCUCGAGGCCGAUGGAAAGACCAAGAAAAAGAUUGGUGGUAUCCUGAUUACGACAAAUUUUAUGGAUAAUACCAUGCAUGUUGUUAUCGGCUCCGGAUUAAACGUACUUAAUCAACCACCGAUCAUGUCAUUGAAACAACUAUACCCACAAGGGACCACAAACCCUAAUUUAACAAUGGAGAACAUUGCGGCCAAUAUCAUGGCUACCUUUGAAGACCUCUGGCGUCAAUUUACUGAAGCCAAGGGUUCCUUUGAGCCAUUCAUGGAUCUCUACCUGGAGAGAUGGCUGCAUUCGGAUGAACAAGUCACAUUAAUGACAACAAACCCACCAACCAAAGUUCGAAUAUUCGGUAUCAGUCCAGAUACCGGGUUCUUGAGAACUAUCCCAGAGCAAGGGGGCGACAUGAAACCAAUAGACCUUCAACCGGACGGUAACAGCUUUGAUAUGAUGGCUGGUCUCAUCAAAACUAAAUCGUAG